AUGGCUGAGCACCGCGUAUCCGAACCUCUCCCAGUGGGACCCACUCAGCUUGGAAACAAAUCUGAAACUAACGAUGGACAAAACCAACACGAAAAAGAACGAGUCGGUGAUUCACCGUGUGUCACCGAGUCGAAACAAGGCGAUUCAGCGAGUUCCAUUGAACAAUCGGUAAAGCGCAACUCAGAAACCCUAGUUGUUCUUCCAUCUUCGAUUUCGCAGAAGCAGAGUUUCGACACGGAUUUGCAGGGGAACCCUAAUUCGCGGAAUUCGGGUGAUAAAGCUGAAAAUAAGGAAACAGGUGGAUCUCCUGAAAAGGAAAUUACUGCAAGUGAAGCAGCCCUGACACCUCCAACUCCGACUGAAAAUCAGCUUCCAAUGAUUGUGUAUUCAACACCACUGCCUGAGCUAUCACCAAAUUCUUCUACAAAAUCUUUAUCACAUGUUCCCAUUUCGAAUUUACAAAUACAUAAAAUGUCUCCUCCAAGCAUUGGUUACACACCUCUACUCGUAGUAAGCAAAAAAAAUCCUUCUGGCGGUAAAGCCUUAUCUUCAGUUUCUGUUCCAAGGACAUCAUCAUCCGAUGGAUACAACUGGCGGAAAUAUGGUCAGAAGCAAGUCAAGAGUCCUACUACAGGUUCUCGAAGCUAUUACAGGUGUACUCAAUCAAACUGUGGUGCUAAGAAGAUUGAAUGCUGGGAUCAUUCAGGUCAUGUGAUAGAGACUGUUUAUAAAAGUGAGCACAGUCAUGAUCCCCCGCGGAAGCCUAAUUUCCUUAGGGAAAGUAAGUUUGCAUCUCCCAAAGAACCUACUGCAAUGAACAGUGUUUUAGUGAAGCCUGCCAAUGUCCUGAAAGAUUCUGAUCCGUCCACAUCUUCCAAAGCUCAAGAAGAAGCACUUUGCAGUGCUGAGAAGAAACCUCAAAACUCGUCUAAUAUCAAUGGAGAUGGUAAAGUUAUUUUGAAGGAGGAACAUCUAGGCGAGCCAGAGCCAAAACGAAGAAAGGAGAAAGGCGACUUAAUUCACUCAGAUUCUCCUGUAAAACCUGGAAAGAAACCCAAGUUUGUUGUACAUGCAGCAGGAGCUGUGGGGAUAUCAGGUGAUGGCUACCGAUGGCGCAAGUAUGGGCAGAAAAUGGUGAAGGGCAACCCACAUCCCAGAAACUACUACAGAUGCACUUCUGCCGGAUGUCCUGUCCGGAAGCACAUCGAGACAGCCGUAGACAACUCAGAUGCAGUCAUCAUAACUUACAAGGGUGUACAUGAUCACGAUACUCCUGUGCCGAAGAAACGACAUGGCCCACCAAGGGCUCCUCUCGUGGCUGCUGCAGCACCUGCCUCCAUGAAUAAUUUGCAGUUGAUUAAACCAGGCUCGCCACUGCAAAACCUUAAAACUUCUACUCAAUGGUCAGUGGACACAAAAGGAGAACUAACUGGGGAAGCCAUAGCCAUGGACCUUGGGGGUGAGAAAGCAAUAGAGUCAGCUCAAACUCUUCUGAGCAUAGGUUUUGAAAUUAAGCCUUGCUAA